UCCGGGCCAGCUGGGAGCUGUGUGGGGGGCGGGAGAGGCCGCGGAUCGGGCACCAUGACCGACACCCGGCGGAGGGUCAAGGUUUACACCCUGAACGAGGAUCGGCAGUGGGAUGAUCGAGGAACCGGCCAUGUGUCCUCCGGCUAUGUGGAGAGGCUGAAGGGCAUGUCCCUGCUAGUCAGGGCGGAGAGUGACGGCUCUCUCUUACUGGAGUCCAAAAUUAACCCCAACACAGCUUAUCAGAAGCAGCAGGACACUUUGAUCGUGUGGUCGGAGGCAGAAAACUAUGACCUGGCACUUAGUUUUCAAGAAAAGGCUGGCUGUGAUGAGAUUUGGGAGAAAAUAUGCCAGGUUCAAGGGAAGGACCCCUCUGUGGACAUUACUCAGGACUUGGUAGAUGAGUCUGAAGAGGAACGAUUUGAUGACAUGUCCUCACCUGGCUUGGAGUUACCACCCUCUGAGCUGAGUCGCCUCGAAGAGAUAGCCGAGGUUGUGGCUUCUUCAUUACCUUCUCCAAUGCGCCGCGAGAAGCUUGCACUAGCCCUAGAAAAUGAGGGCUACAUCAAAAAGCUCCUGGAACUCUUCCAUGUUUGUGAAGACUUGGAGAACACUGAAGGAUUGCACCACUUGUACGAAAUUAUAAAGGGUAUCUUCCUCUUAAACCGAACUGCACUGUUUGAGGUCAUGUUUUCUGAAGACUGCAUAAUGGACAUCAUUGGAUGCCUAGAAUAUGACCCAUCUUUGCCCAUGCAGAGAAAACACAGGGAAUUUCUAACAAAAACCGCAAAGUUUAAAGAGGUGAUUCCCAUAUCGGACCCGGAACUUAAGCAGAAAAUCCAUCAGACCUACAGAGUUCAAUAUAUACAAGACGUUGUCUUGCCCACCCCCUCUGUCUUUGAAGAAAACAUGUUAUCAACACUUCACUCCUUCAUAUUUUUUAACAAAGUGGAGAUAGUUGGCAUGUUACAGGAAGAUGAGAAAUUUCUGACAGAGUUAUUUGCACACCUCACUGAUGAAGCCACAGAUGAUGAGAAGAGACAAGAGUUGGUAAAUUUUCUGAAGGAGUUUUGUGCAUUUUCUCAAACAUUGCAACCUCAGAAUAGAGACACAUUCUUCAAGACCCUUUCUAACAUGGGCAUUUUGCCAGCCUUGGAAGUAAUUCUGGGAAUGGAUGACGCACAGGUCCGAAGUGCAGCCACUGAUAUUUUCUCCUACUUGGUUGAAUAUAAUCCAUCCAUGGUCCGGGAGUUUGUUAUGCAGGAAGCCCAGCAAAAUGACGAUGAUAUUUUGCUGAUCAAUCUCAUCAUAGAACAUAUGAUUUGUGAUGCCGAUCCUGAGCUUGGAGGUGCUGUACAGCUCACAGGACUUCUUCGCACUUUAGUCGAUCCUGAGAACAUGCUGGCAACAACCAGUAAAACAGAGAAGACAGAAUUUUUGGGAUUCUUCUACAAACACUGCAUGCAUGUUCUCACCGCUCCAUUACUGGCCAAUACCACGGAGGACAAGCCUAGCAAAGAUGAUUUCCAGACUGCCCAGCUUCUCGCGCUUAUCCUUGAACUGCUGACGUUUUGUGUAGAGCAUCACACUUACCACAUAAAGAACUACAUCAUCAACAAGGACAUUCUGCGCAGAGUGCUUGUGCUUAUGUCUUCCAUGCACUCGUUCCUGGCUUUAUGUGCACUGCGAUUUAUGAGGAAGAUUGUUGGUCUGAAGGAUGAAUUCUAUAACCGAUACAUUGUGAAAAGUUUUUUGUUUGAGCCCGUUGUAAAGGCCUUUCUUAAUAAUGGCUCCAGAUAUAAUCUAAUGAACUCUGCCAUCAUUGAAAUCUUUGAAUAUGUUCGAGUGGAAGAUAUAAAGUCAUUAACAGCCCACAUAAUUGAGAAUUACUGGAAGGCAUUAGAAGACAUUGAAUAUGUGCAGACAUUUAAAGGGCUCAAACUGCGAUACGAUCAGCAGCGUGAGAGACAAGACAACCCUAAAUUGGACAGCAUGCGAUCCAUACUAAGAAAUCACCGGUAUCGACGAGAUGCCCGCUCUAUAGAGGAUGAAGAGGAAAUGUGGUUUAACACAGACGAGGAUGAUUUAGAGGACGGAGAGCCUGUUGUACUUCCUUCUGACAAAAUAAAGAAUAGUGAAGAUCUCAUGGAUCCAAUAAGCAAAUUUAUGGAAAGAAAAAAAUUAAAAGAGACAGAGGAGAAGGAGGUGCUUCUAAAAACCAACCUGACAGGCCGCCAGAGUCCAAGUUUCAAGCUCUCUUUUUCUGGAGCAACAAAGGCAAACCUCACCAGCCAAUCAACAGCAAGCAGCUUGCCCGGUUCUCCGACUUCCCCAGGUUCUCCAGGUUCGGUUUCCAAAAGCACACCUCAGACAACUGCUAUUACUACAAAGGGAGGCCUUGUAGGUCUUGUGGAUUACCCAGAUGAUGAUGAUGAGGAAGAAGAAGACGACGAGGAAGAGGAGAAGGAAGAGACUCUGCCACUUGCAAAGAAACAAAGGCUUGGGUCUUAAUACCAGCAAACAGAAUUUUAAAAUUUAGUUAAGACUCACUAACUGAUCUCCCACAAGAACAGAAAACCACAGCGGUCACCCCAAGUCCUUUGUGUGCGUCUGACACAAAUCAACAUGUAGAUUUCUGCUCAUCAAGUGCCAAUUCCUAGGAGCACGAGGAGGAGAGUUAUACAGUUGAACGAAAGGAACCUUGUACUCUCCUAAUUUAGACCACACACUGGCCUUUUCUCAGGGAAGGAAAA